AAACGCCACCACUUUCCCUUCUUAUAUACCCCUGGCCCUUAUCUUGCCUAGCUAUAUAUCCCUCGUCCUCCCUCUUCCAUCCUUGUUCAAUUCACAUCUCCCUCCCUCCCUCCAGCCCGGCCGCGCUCUCGAUCGAUCCAUCCGUGUUCUUCUUCAUUCCUGUAUACCACACACCUAGCUCGAUCAGCUGUUGAUUCUUCCUCUCCUGCUGCUAAUUAAUUUAUUCCCCCCACGCUCACCAAUAAGCUCAGCUAUUAGGAAGCUGAGUAAGAGGUGGUGCAAGAUUUAUUCCGAAGGAUACAUAGAGCUGAGCUUCAGAUAGCAGUCUCUGUUGGCGAUUGGGUGAUCGAUCGAUCGAGGAUGUGCACCAGGGGCCACUGGAGACCAUCGGAGGACGAGAAGCUGAAAGAGCUCGUCGCGCUAUACGGGCCGCACAACUGGAACGCCAUCGCCGAGAAGCUUCAAGGGAGAUCAGGGAAAAGCUGCAGGCUGAGGUGGUUCAAUCAGCUGGACCCGAGGAUCAACCGGAGCCCCUUCUCGGAGGAAGAGGAGGAGCUGCUCCUCGCCUCGCACCGCGUCCAUGGCAAUAGGUGGGCCGUCAUCGCCAGGCUCUUCCCCGGGCGCACCGACAACGCCGUGAAGAACCACUGGCAUGUGAUCAUGGCCCGGCGAUGCAGGGAGCGGAUGAGGAUGUCCAACAGGCGCGGCGCCCCCAGUGCAGCCCCCGGCGGUGCUGCGGAAGAUGAAAAUAACAACCCUAGGAACGCCAAGAUGCCGAGGACGGAUUCGAGCAGCAUGGCCUCCUUGCUAGGCAAGUACCGAAGAGAAUUUGCAGUCCCCUUUGCCAUUAACAAUGAUAGCAACAAGGAGGAUUAUUGUUCAACUACUAACGAAGAAGCAGACGACAUGAACAAAUCGGUUGAAUUCUACGACUUUCUCCAAGUGAAUGCAAACUCGAGCGACACCAAGUGCUGUUCGAGCAUCGAGGAGCAAGAGGAAAACCGGGAUGAUCAAGCUGAAGGGCAAGUGCCGUUCAUAGAUUUCCUGGAGGUUGGGGCUUCUCAUCGCCAAUGAUUUAUAUAUAAAUAUUUAACUAGGGAUGCAUCCAAAGCAAGUUGUAAUGCUUUGUGAAAGAGGCAUGCUGCAAAUAGAAGUCUAACACCAAAGACACUUAUAGAGGAAGCAAAAUGCACCGUACAUAAUACAUGACAUGUAAUUUAUUGAUGUAUACAUAUCUGUCCUAUCCACCAUGGUUGGUGCAUAUAUGUGCAAAAUAUUUUGAGAUAAAUGAAGAAUUAAUUAUUCUCUC